GAACUAGUUUGGCUAUAGCGCCCUCAAGUGGUGAAAGAUCGGUCAUUCAACUUGCCAAGAUGGUCACGAUGGGCGACUCGAAUGAGUCCGGAAAAACUUCGGAAAAGCAGCUCCAAGAAGCACAAAAAUGGAAAGAAGAAGGCAACUCCAACUACAAGCUAGAAAAGUUUGAGGAGGCUGUGACUGCAUACAGCAAGGCACUCAGUGCCUGUCCCAGUGGGCACUCCGAUAGGGCUAUAUAUUACAAGAAUCGCUCGGCCUGCUACCUGAAACUCUUAAAGUUUGACAAGGCAGCUCAGGAUGCUGCUGCAGCGCUGGACAUCACCCCUAAUGACACAAAGGCACUCUUCAGGAAGUGUCAAGCGCUUGAGCAGCUCGGCCAAUCGGAGGAGGCGUUUAAGGAGGCGAUGCGACUGAACAAACUUGAGCCAAGUAACACCGCUGUACAGGCCAUGCUUCGAAGACUGAAUGCUGUUGUCUCUGAUAAAGUCAAGAAGCUUUCCACAACCGACAGUAAAGUGUCGCAGAUGUUUGCUGCAUUGUCAGAUGGAGAUAUGGAGAGAAGAAAACAGGCUGCCAACAACUUGAUCGUAUUAGCAAGGGAGACGGCAGGGGCGGAGCGGAUCUUCAGCGAGGGGGGCGUGGCCAAGGUUCAGCCCCUCCUACAAGGGGAGGACCAGGAGCUGGUACUGGGUGGUCUAAGGGUGCUCAGCUGUCUCUGCCAGGGCCAUAAAACAAGGGCUAACGCAGUCUUGAAAGAUUUCACUUUACCAACUCUUGCCAAGUUCAUCUCGUCGCCUACAGAAGAGGUUGCCAAUGCUGCGGCCAAUAUUCUUCUCACAGCCAUUCAGGCAAUGAUGGGUGAAGACACGAAACAGCCCAGGAAAGCUGAAGAAGCCCUCGUGCCUGAUUUGACGACCGAAUUCAAGUCGUUACUGAUGUUUCUCCUGGGUCUACUGACGGACAAGAACGUCUCAGGUUACGGCAGAGACGCUACCAUCGACAUCAUCAUCAAAUUUGUGCCAAAGGAAACGGGAGCCGGGAGAGCGCUGACGUUUAUGACCAAUGGAGGUUUAAUAAAGUUACUGACAGUGGCAGGCCAGGUACCGGAGCUUAAACGGUUACCGAUAACUGUCAACACACACAUGCAUUCAGCCGUUGCGCUGUCUAAGCUCUACGACGAAAUGCAUAGCGACAAGAACCGGCAAUAUUUUGACGAACUGUGCAAUAAAUUCAUCACGGAAAAGUUCAACGUGAAUACUAUGGAGUCCAACAUGGAGGCAAUUACGGCCAUCGCAGCCCUUCUACAGGGCCCGUUUGACGUCGGAAACAAACUCAUCGGUCGAGAGGGUGUCAUUGACGUCAUGGUUGCUAUGGCGGGCAGCUACGACGUCCUUCAUCAGAAAGUAGCGUUGGAAGCGAUCGUCCAGGCCGCUAGCAAGAAAGACCGCUGCACCAGUAUCCUGCAAGCCGGUAUCGGGAUCAUGAAAGACUGUUACCAGUCUAGCAACGAUAACAUCAGAGUGAGGGCGCUAGUCGGCAUGUGUAAGCUAGGAGCGGCGGGCGGGACGGAUGCGAGCGCCCAGCUGUUUGCUGACGGGGCAACGGUGAAACUCGCUAAAGAGGUGAAGCGAUUCCUAGUAAACCCUGAGGAGGAUCACGACCUUCGGAAGUGGGCGGCAGAGGGCUUGUCUUUCCUCUCGCUAGACGGAGAUGUAAAGGAAGAUAUUAUCAAUGACCCUAAGGCACUAAAAGCUCUGAUUGAACUAGCCAAGAGUGGAGAUAAGACAGUGCUGUACAGUGUGGCUUCGGUUUUCGUCAAUCUCAGCAACAGUUACGAUGAGGAGAAACCCGAACCAGAGAUGGUGAAACUGGCUCAGUACGCCAAACAGCACAUUCCCGAACCACACCCUAAGGAUAGCAAAGAAUAUUUACAAGAGAGAAUUAAAAAGCUACUCAAGGAGGGAGUAGUGACAGCUCUGGUUUUCCUGGCGAAGGCAGACAGCGAGAAUUGUAGAGAACAAGUUGCCAGAGUCUUCUUGACGAUAACGGAAGGCAAAGACGAUCGCGGACUGAUCGUACAGCAGGGCGGUGCCAAGGCUCUGAUACCGCUGGCUAAUAACGGGACGAUGGAAGGAAAGAUCCGAGCAGCCCAAGCGCUAGCAAGGAUCGGCAUUACCAUGAAUCCAGAAAUUGCAUUUCCGGGACAACGGUGUCUGGAGAUUGUCCGUCCGUUAGUGAGUCUCCUCCAUCCUGACAGAACUGGUUUGCAGAACUUUGAGGCUCUGAUGGCUUUGACGAACCUAGCAGGGAUCAGCGAGUCGCUACGAAACCGAAUUCUAAAAGAAAAAGGCUUCUCCCAGAUCGAGAAUUACAUGUUUGAGGACCACGAUAUGAUCAAGAGGGCAGCCACGGAAUGCAUGUGCAACCUUGUAGUCAGUGAAGAGGUUGCUCAGAAGUUCCUGGGUGAUAACGAUCGCGUCAAGCUGCUCGUUCUGUACUGCGGGGAGGAAGACGAAGCGUUAGUCAAGGCUGCGGCAGGAGCCCUGGCCUGCAUCGCUCACCAAAAGGAAGUCUGCGAUAAAAUCUUGAAGGUGAAAGCAUGGCUUGAAAUCAUGCCGGGCCUCUGUGUCAGCGAAAACCUAGACAUCCGGACGCGAGGCGUUCACAUCGUCAUGAGCAUCAUAGAGAGCAGCAAGGAGAACGCCACGGUGGUCGUGGAGACCAACCUCCUUGAGAUCCUGAUGGCAUUCUCCAAGGACCAGACCCCGGCCAUGGACGGGGUGCGGUCCAGGGCGGAGCAGGCCCUCAAGAGGGCGACAGAGUGGGAGCUGAUCAAGCCAGCCAAGUAAGAAAUAAAUGGUCACAAGAGGGCGACAGAGUGGGAGCUGAUCAAGCCAGCCAAGUAAGAAAUAAAUUGUCACAAGAGGGCGGCAGACAGGUAUGCAACUCAUUUUUAUCUGGAUGGUUGACCGUUGCAGAGUUCAAUUGUUUGAGAAACUCUUUGGUUAGAAAUUCUAGAAUUGAUUGUAUAACUAAUUUUUACUGCAUCUAAAUGCGAAUGCAUGUUUUAGUAAGAUGAUAGUUUUGGUUGUUUGUUCGGCUGUAAAAACAUCCAUCUGGAUUUUCUUGACCCCUGAAAAUGUAAAACCACCUAUAAAUUGCUGUUCAAAUACAUUCAAAAAGCAGUAGUUUUAGCUGCUAAUUAUUAUUCAUAAAGGACCCCUUAUAGAUCCAUUAUACUUCGUAAUUGCUUUUGUACUCUGUAGAAGGUAAUAUUCAGUUUGUAGAAUUGUAGAAAUGUUUUUUUUAUUAAUAUAUUUAUUAAAUUGAUUGAAGUAAUGUAUUAAGUACGUUUUUAUUGACACUGCUGCUUAAAAACAAAAACAAGAUGGUGUGAGAAAUUUCUAUAAAACUUUUAAUAGUAUAAUUUCCAUCGCAGUAAAUAAAUCUAUGCAAGUUAGUUGUUUUCAUAAAGCCCAAGAAAUAUGUAUUUUUGGAUGAUCACAAUUUAACAUUUCCUCGCUGGUGUGUUUUGUCUUGUUUGUUUUCAUGAUAUUCUAUAUGCAUCACUUCAGUGAGGACGAUUGUAAUUAGACUAAUUAGUCAAAUCAAGAUGACGCUCCACUAAUUAACACCUUCAACAGGCUUUCCAGUAGUGUAUAGAUCGGUUUCCCGUUUUUUUGUUCUUGCCUGUCCUGGUGGGAUCUUCUCAUAUCUCGUCAUUUCUUGUCUAUUAACAUCUUCUCUGUUGCAGGGUGACUGUUUUAGCCGAUUUUCGGCUAGAUUUGACAGAUUUUUUUUUGGGAAAAAAAUUGAAUCUAGUAGAAAAUCUGGCAGAAUGUAAAUUUUAACAGAUUUCUAGCAGAAUUCUGUAAAAUCGAAGAUCUUAGCAGAAAAAAAUAGAGCAGAUUUGUUUUGAACAUUACAAGCUUCAAUCACUUCAAACAAACCCUUGAACAGCGGGGAUGGGCAGGCCAGUCUAAGUGUUGAAGAUUCCUGAUGUAUAUGUCUACACACUAAAGUACUGUAGACAUUGGAAAAUAGGCUAGGCAAAUUGUUUUGUAUGUUUGUAUUUUUUUUUGAAAGGAAAGUUUAUGGUUUUUAGUUUUCAUGUUUAAUAACAUCUACAUGUGAGUGUGAGUGUUUAUAAUUUGUUUCGUGUAAUGCUGGAUGAUUUAGCACAUUUUUGUUAAAUCUAGCAGAUUUUUGAAGAGCAUCUACUAUAUAGCAGAAUUGUGCCAUUUUCAUACGGUCACCCUGCCCUGUAUGUGGUAAUGUGAAAUCCACCACACACCACCCCUACUCGUUUUCAGAUCUCUUAAAACGUUAAGAGAUAUUAUUUGUGCUGUCGUGGGCAUAGAGAGACGAACAUGAGCUAAAACGUCCGAUUUCCGUCGUAGUUCACAAAUCCUGAACACCGACAAUCUACCAAUUUCUAGUCUGAAUCUGAAUGGUAUGGUUGGCAAAGUAUCCAUCAGGAAAAAUCACACUAUGCUCAUUUCAAAAAUACCUCUCCGUUUUCCCAAGACGCGAAAUUACAGGAGUCGAAAUUUAAAGGGGUCAUACAUGGUCAUAAAGGGAGAUGUCAGUUUGCUGUAUAAUACGGUCCAAGACUUCCGCAGUUGAUGAGCCGUAACGUCUUGACAAAUAUUUGUGAAGAUUGCGAUACCAAUACCAAUUUGUAAUAAAGCCUUUUCCGUAUCGUUUUGCAUUUCCCUA